UCACCUCACCCAUCAAAACUUCAAAACCACAAGCCAUACAGAGAGAGAGAGACGUAAACUAUGGAUGUCUGGUUGUGGAUAUCUGAUCUUCCCAACUCGGCCGAGUGGGAUGAGUCUGACUCAGUCCCCACCUUCGAACUUGCAAGUUCAGGACUCGGCACUGAAGAAGACCCAACCCGGUCCAUUGAGCUGAAAGCCGAGCGAACUUCUGGGUCAGACUCUGAAGCUGCGGUAACAUUUACCGUGUGCUUGCAAGGGUUCCACCCAUUCAAUGCAGAGAAGCCGCUUUGGGUCUCCGAAAAGUGCCAGCUGUCAGCAGAAAACCCUUUCCUCCCGCUGCUCCUACAGCUCCUCCAAGAAAUCAUAUCCAACUCACCCACGGCGCAUGAUAGCACGUGUCCUAGGUCACAGCUCCAGAAGCUGAAGCCGGAGCCCAUAUCAUGGAUCAUGGACUCGCACACACCGGAGUCCCUCUCCAUGUUCUUCAACCUCGUCCUCACCAUGCGCCUCUUCUGGCUCUGCGCCUUCGACGCCCCCAGCGAAGCCGGCUCCCUCUACUUUCAGUCCCUACUCGCUCCCACGCUCGAAACGGCGUCGUCGAAGCUCGCUUCCGUCCUCAGAACCUUCUUCAUCACCGUCGGCGUUGACACGGAGCUCUGUUUCAUGCGAACCCUCGGGUUCAUAAUAGCAAAGUGGUGCAUUAUAAGAGAGAUGGGCGUAGGAUUACAAACACUGCUGGUUCCUCCGCCGCAGGUGAGGAACCCGAGAUUCUCUUACUCGGCGGAGAGUAACGGCCUGUGGAUUCUGAAGGGUUACGCGCCAGUGAUGACAAUGAAAUUGGCGCGAAGCAACGGUCAAAAGAGUCAGUUCCCAGGGAUCGAUGCAAAGGAGUCAAUACUACGCUACACUAUGGCGCACCAGCAGCUAGAGGCACACGUGCAGAUCGAAUACACCGUUGGAUUCCGCGAUGGCUUCAUCCAGGUUCGUGCACGUGUCGACAACAUACGCCUCCACGUGGCGAGGCUAGGGUUCGGGCAAAACGACGACGUUGCGGAGUUCCUCGAGGAGAAGCACUUCCCUUCCCGCGUUAGGGUCUGGGUGGGCCCGGAGAUUGGAGCUACGUACGUGUCCGGACUUAGCCUGGGCCGGUCCACGGAGAAUCGAGAGAGGGAAGUGGAAGUUCAGAAGAUCGUGAAGGGUGAUUUCGAGAAAUCACAGGUUUCGAAUGUGAGAGCUUCGACGAGGUCAGCGAGGAGAACGCACACGAAGAGUUGGAGAAUGGAUCAGGACUCGGAAGGGAACGCGGCCAUAUUCGACGCCGUUUUGUACGAUAACGCGACGGGGCACGAGGUGGCAUCGUGGAAGCCCACGGGCCCAACGGGUGAUGACCCGUUCCAUGGGCUGAGAGGGCGAUACGUGGGGUCAAACAGGGCGUUCAAUAAAAGCGGGUCGGUGGUGAUUGCUGGGGAUGAGUAUGGAGAGGAAGUAGGGUGGAGACUUAGCAAGGAUAUGGAAGGGAGUGUGUUGAAGUGGCGAAUUGGUGGUGAAUUUUGGGUUAGUUAUUUGCCCAACCGAGCCAAGGGUUCUCAUUUUGAAACUCGCUAUAUUGAAUGGUGCGAUGAAGUUGAUUUGCCUCUAAUUAAAAGUGCGUCCAUGCACCAUGCAUGAAAUGAACUUUGUACGUGUAAAUAACUAUAUUCACCUAAAUUGAGUUUAGAUAUGUAUUGUAAGUGAUUCUACUUUCUCUUUAGUCUCCCCCCUGUAAUGUAUGUGGUGUAUAAUUAACGGUUGUUUAGGGUUUAGGCUCUAUGACCACUUAAACGAAGCGUUCUUUCUAUCUUA